AUGCCGUUCGCCACCCAUUCCCUCCUCGGUCACCUCUUCCAGGCCAAGGGGAUGACCCUGCCCGAGGGCGAUCUGGAGGACAAGACGGUCAUCAUCACCGGGUCGAACGUGGGUAUCGGUAAAGCUGCAGCACUUCAUCUCGCCAAGCGAAACCCUGCGAGGUUGAUUCUAGCCGUCAGAGAUGAGAAGGCAGGACAGGCGGCAGCUGCAGAGAUAGCAAAGGCGACGGGGGGAAAGGUCGAGCCGGAGGUUUUCCUGCUCGACAUGUCGAGCUUUGCCAGUGUGCGGCGUUUCGUCCUGGAAUGCGAGCAACGCUUGGACAGGUUGGACGUGUUUAUCGCCAACGCUGGUAUCUAUCCAUUCAGCUACAAGGCCACCGCCGAUGGGCUUGAAUCGGCUCUUCAGGUCAACGUAGCGUCUACAUUACUGCUCUCCGAGCUCCUGCUUCCUCUCCUCCAGCGCACAGCCAAGAGUCCGCUCCACGGCAUCCCCUCCAAACCACAUCUCACGAUCGUCUCCUCUUACACGCACCACUUCAUCGGCGAGCUCCGAGGCUUUGGAGACGGGACGAUUGUACAAUGCGCCAACGACGAGCAAGCGUGGGAACACCUUGCGUAUCGACGAGGCAAAGCUAUCCUGAUGCUCGCUAUCCCUACGCUCGUCAAGAUGGCCGGACCGGAUGUCGUCGUCACUACUGCAGAUCCAGGCACCGUAGCUACCAACGCCAUGCACGAAGCGACCGGGUUGAACGCUUUGGCCAUCGCCGUCUUUGUGUACUGCGUCGCCCGUACCCCCGUACAAGGCGCUCUACCCGUCGUCUGGGCCGCGCUUGCGCCGAUCCAAUCAGGCGAGUAUGUCGCGGAUUGCAAGGUCACACCACCAUCCGCUAUGGUGCAGUCAGAUACCGACGGCUCUAUUUCCGAUAGCAUAUGGAAGGAGUUGAGAGCAAUCUGGGCAAAGUAA